AUGGCUCCAUUGAUCGGUAUAAGGCAUGACUCGUCGCACGUGGUUUUAAUCAGCAUCAAUAAGGAUUGGGCUAUUCAUCAGGUUGACAUCAAUAAUGCUUUCUUGCAAGGCACCCUCAACGAGGAAGUCUACGUUUCACAACCCUCAGGCUUUGUCGAUAAGGAUCACCCUCAUUAUGUAUGUCGAUUGCGUAAGGCCUUGUAUGGUUUAAAACAAGCUCCGCGCGCUUGGUACAUUGAGCUUCGUGUGUUUCUUCUUCAGUCGGGGUUUAAGACUUCUCUUGGUGACAAUUCUCUCUUCAUCUACAAACAUGGACUCUUUUAUGUGUAUGUGUUGGUGUAUGUUGACGACAUUAUCAUCGCGAGUCCUCUUCCGUUGGUUCAAAAGUUCAAUGCCUCUCUCGCGGCUCGUUUCUCGCUAAAGGAUCUUGGUCCUCUAAGUUACUUCUUGGGUAUUGAGGCUACGCGGACAUCUACGGGACUGCAUCUGAUGCAAAGGAAAUAUAUACUUGAUUUGCUGGCUAAAACUAAGAUGCUUGGUGCGAAACCGUUGAACUUCGUCUUGUUUCAACUCGGCCGCGUCGUAACCGAGGGCUCUGAUUUGAAACUGAUGGAUAUGGAUCCUUUUACCGAGGCUAUUGCUAAGAGUAUUCAGGCUAUGCACGCUAUGUGGUUGAGAGUUGAAGAAAAAAUCAAUUCAUUAACAUCAGAGGUGGAGGCUCUAAAGGCUUCGCUUCAGUCUGAACGACAAGACGUAGAAGACUUGAGAAAAGCGUUCUCCGAAGCAGAGGCUAGAAAUUUAGACCUGGCCACAAAACUUGAAAUUGUUUCGAUGAGAGUAGAUCAGCUUUGUGAUUCGGAAAACCAGGCAAUACUAGUGAAGUGCAUCUCACAAAACCUUGGAUAUAAUAAUGGAGGCAAGCCUGUUGUUGCAUGUGUCAUUUACAAAUGUCUCCUUCACUGGAGAUCUUUUGAACUGGAAAAAACUAACAUCUUUAGCCGUAUCGUUCAAACAAUAGCUUCUGCCAUUGAAGUAAAUAAUAAAGAGUUAAUUACAGAUACUAACAAGGUUUUGGCGUAUUGGUUAUCUAAUUCAGCUAUGUUAGUUUGCCUACUGCAACGCACAUUCAGAAGCUCUUCAGUUCCAUCGUCCAGCGGAGUCAUGAGAGGUGUUCGAGUCUCUUCUCUGGAUGGAAAAAUCCAAGUCGUACCAAAGCAACCUGCAAUGCUUUUCAAGAAGCAGCUUACUGGUUUCGUCGAGAAUAUAUAUGGAAUGAUCAGAGAUAAACUAAAAGAAGAGAUCCGUCGUCCCCUUGAGUUUUGUAAACCGCCACCAAGUACAUUGUUAUACCGAAAAAAUUGGAUCGGUAAUUGGCAACCUAUUGUGGGAAGCCUGAGAAGUUACCUGAAUCUAAUGAAAGCAAACAAUGUGAGUUUGAGGAUCCGUUAA